UUUAAACACCGUUACACCACCAAAAUUCAAUUUUUUCUAUACAGAAACUUGGCCACACCUUAUCCACAAACCCCAAAACCCAAACUAUCACUAAUUCACAAUCUUCUCCCUUUACAAUCCAAAAAAGAAAACGCACGCAAAUUUACAGUAUCAAUUGCAGAAACAAUAGAGAAAAAAAAUAAUGUCCGUAGCAAAAUCACCUUCAUUCCCAUGCUUCAAACUCCGAAACUCAUCUCCGUCCCCUCCAUCUUAUUCUGCGUAUUCACCCUCUUCUUCUUCUUCCUUCAAGUUCACCAUUAGGAGCUCUCAGGCUGAGGGUCCUCUAAGAAGACCAGUGGCUCCUGCGCCUUUAAAGCCUGUGCCCCCAUCCCCAACGCCGUUCGAUUCUCCGCCGGCGGCCUCUGCUCCGCCCAAGCCGCCGCCGGCUGCUGCUGCUGCUGUGGAGGACAAGAGUGCGAUCACGUUGGAGUUCCAGAGGCAAAAAGCCAAAGACCUUCAAGAGUAUUUCAAGAAGAAGAAGCUGGAGGAGGCUGAUCAGGGUCCCUUUUUCGGUUUCAUUGCCAAGAAUGAGAUCUCUAAUGGAAGAUGGGCUAUGUUUGGUUUUGCUGUGGGGAUGUUAACAGAGUACGCCACGGGCUCCGAUUUUGUGGAUCAAGUUAAAAUCCUUCUCUCCAAUUUCGGAAUUGUAGAUCUCGAUCUUGUGCUUGAACCUUUUCUGCAGUUUGUUGUAGCUCCUCAAAACCGAAUUUUAAAUGGCCUCACUUUCUCCUCCGGCCACCACCGAACCCAACACGGCCACAUUAUCAACAUUCCUGACCGAACAAUUCCCACGAAUCUCGCCCUCUGCCCCAGUCAGCGCGCCAAGCUGCGACAUCUUGACCAUGGCACUCACGAACAUCUCGGUUUGGUUGACCGCAAAAUCCGUCACAAUUCCUCUCGUCCGCCCGUCGGUGUACAGAUCCUGGUCAGAAGUGAAAAGCCCUUGCCGAUUCAUCAGAUCCACAUAAUACUUGUUGUCGAAACUGUUAGGGGACCGGAUGUCGAGCACCGUCGUGUUGUCUGUGUCCGCCGCCGGGCAAGUCGACCGGAGGUUCCGGGCAAACGUCUGGUCCAUGGUCGGGUCCUGAGCCGGGUACAAGCGGUCGGUGAAGGAGGUGCAGUGGCUGAUACCGAUGGUGUGUCCGCCGGAAAGUGCCACCACGUCGGUGGCCGUGAAAUUCUUGACGGAGAGGGAGUCGAGGAGGGUGGUGGUGUUGCUCGACGGCGGCGGGAGGUUGGCCAGCGUGUCGUUGAUGGUAGCAAAGGCCAGGCUGUCGCGGCGGCCCAAGGGGAGGUAAGUAAUUUUAUAUGGCGUAUUAUUUGCCAUGGGGGACCUCAGUUAGUCGGUGGUCACAGUCUUAAUAUCAGCGGACAUCAACUUAGUACUACGAGAUAA